CAUACGCGUUUUGCGCAUGUGUCAGAUUUUACCAUCAGAUAACGUACCACAAUAUACACGGCACUUCACGGCUGUUCUUCACUGAAGCAAACCGUGUAUCUGCUCUCAGCGAUGACACGACACGCACUGGGGCUGCUAGUUGCGCUGACAAUUGUUUCAACAUGCUGUGCGAAAACCAAACCACCAAUCAGAAUUAUAGAGAAGGAACCUCCGUUGCAAAAUAUGACACAACAACAGAAGGAAGCGCUUGUUGAAAAACUUGCACUUGGAACACUCGUAGAAGAAGACAUUAAACAACUAGCGAUGAUAAGAGAGAACCUCACAGACGAUCAACAGUCUCAGCUCGCUGAAAACACCCUGAAAAAUGUAACAGACGAAAUUAAGCAACUGAUAUUAGGGAAAUUAAAAAAGAAUCAGCAAUUAAGCCCAUUUGAACGUCACAUUAUAUGGGCCCUGGAUGAAAGAAAUGAAAUUACAUCACAAGAUCUGGGAAAAACCAGAGAGGAAAUAGAAGAAGCGGCGAGGGAUGCGUUGAGGGAUUUAAACGAGGAUGCACAACAGGCCCUGAAGACUAGACUGGGAAGGCCGGGUGAAAAUCUGACUGAUGACGAUAUCGCAAAGUUAGAAGCUCUGAAAAUAGAAGGCAAACUGUCUCAAGACCAACGGGAUAAACUAGACGAAAGAAUUGCAAUGGAUUUGGAUGCUUCAGAACAAGAGGAGUUGAAGACUGCUUUGGACGGUGGGGUCCUCGGAGACGAUGAACUGAAGAAGCUGAAAGCCAUGUUUAAAGCAGGAAACUUAACUGCAGAAGAAAGAGAAAAAAUGAAAACAAUUGCAGGAUUAACGUCAACUGGAGAGUCAGUUAGUGACAUAUCUCGGGGACUUGCCGACAUCCCAGACGAUUUUGGACUGGACGAAAGAGGGAAAGAAGAGUUUCUGGAAGCCGGUCAGCAACUAAAAGAUGUCAUUGACUUUGACGAGCUGUCAGAUCCAGCUGCCCUGACAAAGUUCCUUGAGGAAUAUAAAAAGCUGCCUAAGGAACAAAAGGACCUUCUUGCGAACAUAAGCACUCUCAUCACCUCCAUGUCAAAGGCUGAAAUUCGAGACAUGCCUGACGCUAUGCUCGAGAAAAUGACACCAGACACAUUGGCCAAUUUGAAAAGAAACAUGACGAAUGAGCAACGGGCGGAGCUAUGUUCCAAGGGACUAAAGGGCUCACAACGACUGUACGAGAAGCUUGAUGGUCCACUGAAUUGUGAUAGCGUCAAAGGUGAGGCGGCUCAGGACAUGGAGGAGUUUGAGAAGAAACGAAUGAACCAGAACAUCCUCAGGAAAAAAGGCAACCCGUCGAGGCUUUCGGGAGAUGAUGUGGAUGAUUUCCUCUCCACUGGAUUGGUGGACAAGGAUAUUCUAAAACUGAUUGACCCCGCGGAUUUCCUUUCAAACGAGAACCUGCGAGAGACGGCCAUCAGAAGCGGUGAAAGUAAAGUGUUGAAGGACAAAUUCAAGGAGGCGAAGGGUUCGCUUGGCACCGCCACCGCUGCAGACCUAAAGAAGAUGACCGGUGCAGAAUGGACAUUAUCAGAUGCCGAGGACUUCCCAGAAGAUGCUAUCCGCGGAGCAGCUAAAGAGUUUCUGGAAGGAGUGGAUGAAACGGACAUGUCUAUCAGAGCUAAGGUGGGCGAAAUUGUGAAGAAAGGUCUACCCACCAACAGAGGACAGACCACACCAGCCCAAUUGGCCAGCAUGUUUGAAGUUGGAAUGGGCGAGGACGUAUUUGAGGAUGUACCUGACGCCACAUUCGAUGACUUCAUUGAUUCACUCAAUGUUCUGGAGACCAAGGGGAAAUCCCCGACAGAGCUUGGGGCGCUUGGAAAGAGAGCCAUGAAGAGCAACACUUUCAAAAACGCAUCUGAACAGACAGCAGCGAACAUUAAAAAGAUCGCCUCUGUACUACCAUCUUUUACCAAGGAAUACAUCGACCAGCUACCCACCGAGGCCAUAGGACAGGCCUUCAACGCCGGGGACCUCAAAGAUCUGGCUAAUAUUGAUGAGGACAAGGCAAGACGCUUAGGGAAAGCAGCCAUGGCAAGCAUACGUGACGGGGCACUGACCGCUGCAGACGUGAAAGAGAAGCUGGGGGCGGAAGUGUUUAUCAAGGGCUUGGAUGGCGAAGACUUUGACAAGAUUCCUGAUGACACGAUGGAAGAUGACGGUGUUUUGGCGAUGCUGCAAGAGAGGUACGAAGAAAUGCCUGUGGAGAAUCAGCUGAAGGUUAUUGAAAAGAUGAAGCGGGGCAACAAGACUAUCACGGACAACGUGUGUUCUCUGGGUAAGAUCUGUCAGGGACUUACCCUGGCGGAGAUCAAGUCGUGGGACCCUUCCUUCCUGGACACCAUUAAGGCAGCGGGGGGCAAGUGCAAGCUGGACUGCAAUAGGGCACAGUUGGGUGCCAUGGCUGAGAUUCUCGUGGCUAAGCUGGGCGAGCCAGGGGCAAGCAAUGCCAAGUACGACACGGAGACUGUCAGCUCGCUGUUUGUGAUCUUCCCAGGAAUGUCUAAGGAACAGCUCGGCAAGUUCCCCACAGAUGAUAAACUGCCUGAACUUUUCAGCAAACUUGAAGGAACCGGCAAACUGAGCGAAGCCAAGUCGCAGACUCUUGAGGCGAAAAUCACCGCAUACUACACUGGCGACAACAAGGUUUCUACCGCUGAUCAAGUUGCUCUUUUGGCCAAAGUGUUGAAGGGCUACAAUGAAAGUGCCCUGAAGAAGGAGAUCCCUACUUCUCUGUGUGCUGACGUUGUGAAGAAACUGAAGGGCAUGGACAAGACGACCGUGACAAAGUCUGUCCUCGAAAGUCAGGUCAAAUACGCCCUGGAAUGUCUGACGGGGGCGACAUCAGGCGCCAUCACGACCGACGUGGUGCAGGAACUCGGGGAUUACGUCUGCUUCCUCGGGGCGCGCGUCAGUGACCUUGAUGCGACUGCUGUCAAGGAUGCCGCCGGGAGCAAGCUCCAGACGUGUCCCCCCAUGGACGCCGCCACCAGGAAGAAAUACAAGGAGAAGAUCCAGUCGGCAGCAGGUAUCACCGACCUUGCGUCUCUGGAUGGCGAGAAGAUGGGGAUGAUAAUGUCCUUCCUCACGGACGAGGACGCUGCUUCGCUCGCCAAGAUCCCUGCGGCUGUCAGGUCCGAGGCCCUGGACUACAUUUCGGACAUCCUGGACAAGCUGGACAUUGUGGUUGAGCAGCGAGCAGCGCUACGCGACGGUGUGGACACGGCGGCACUUGCUGAAGGAAACACCCAGGUAGUCAAGGCACUGGUGGAUGCAAGAAUCUCCGAGAGAACUACUGCGUCUUCCGCCGCCAGACGCCGGAAGAGAGCGACAGCAUCACUGACUUGCAGCGACAUCAAGGCUAUGGGUCAGCAGGCAAAGGCUCUGACCACUGUCCAACUAAAGGAACUCUCAGACGCAGUUUUCCUUGAGUGCCUCACGACCCUCGGUAAGGUGAUGGAGUGGUCAGCCGAGCAGAAGACAGAACUGGCUAGUCGUCUGAAGACUGCAGCGAUUCACAACUCGGACCUCACUGCAUGGACGGCAAACAACGUUCAAGACUCCGGCACCUUGUUGGAGGGACUCUCCACUGCUGACCUGGGGACACUGGCUUGGACAACAUCCCUCCUCGGAACACAUGGAACUCGCCCAACAUGGACCCCAGAACAGCGCGCCAGUGUUGCCAGCAAAUGGCUGACGAGUGAGAAGUCUGACAGUGUAGCGAGCAUCACGGGAACUGAACUGAAUACCAUCGGACACUUUUCCUGUGGGCUCACUGAUACCCAGAUCGGGUCCAUCACAGAUGCAGCCUAUGGAGACGCUGUCAUCAAGAUUGGCGAACUUUCCAAAUGUUCUGAACAGCAGCUUAAGGCUUUCGCUGGAAAGGCCAAGAAUGUGUUUGGUGCCGUCAGUACUUGGUCCACCGCCACCACCACCAACGUCAACAACGUCCUCGCCGGCCUGACUGGUUCCGAGCUGUCCCAGAUGUCGGGGAGUCACCUGGCCGAGAUCCGCCCGCAAACCAUCGCCAUCCUGCCUGCCGCUACAAUCAGUUCACUCACAGUGAACCAGAUCCGAGGCCUGUCCAAGUCCCAGGCUCAGCGCAUCACUCCCGAGCAGCAGAAGUUGUUCAACCCAGACCAGCUGCAGGCAGUCAUGUUCGCAGGGGGCUACAACCACGUCGGCGACAGCGGAGCAGAAACCAUAAGGAUUUCUGCAAUCGCAAGUGUCCUGGUUAUCAUGACAGCCCUUUUCAUGAUGUAAACAAGAAGUUUUAACAACAGAUUUUGGAGGCCUUAUGCUCAAGUUAAAUUAUCUAUCAACCUUAAUCAUGUGCCUUAGAUGUGAUAAUAUGACACAUGUCACGUACAAUCAACUCUAAUGAUGGCAUAUGCAAUAACGACAAACUUACUGCUGAUAUUUGAAACAUGAAUUUCAGUUGCUAAGAGCAGGUAUAAACACGUGUUAACCUAAGACAUGUAAAUACAGAUGAUGUAAAGCCUUUCCAGACUAUCCAUACACAAUAUGUAAUGCUUGUGUAAAAGCUGCAGCAAUAUAUUUCAGCGCAGCAUGUUUCUGUAGUUUCGAACUUCAGCAUUGAUGAAGUUGCAGUUUUGAGAGGUUUUACUGUUUAAGUAUGGUUUGUGUUGUUUUUCAUUUCAUUGUUUGCACUUGUCUUAAAUUCAUGUUGGGUCUGCAUGAGAAAGUGGGAGCUACCUUGUUAACUGUUACUGAAUUUUGCCCCUACCAAACGAUGCAGUAUUUUUAGCUUUAACAGCAACCGUUCACAUUUGGAACUGGCUACAACGGGUUUGACGCGAAGGACUGGUUACAGGCUGUGUGCGUGAAUGAUGACCAUUGAUAAGGGAGAUGACUCUCCUUUCUUGUGCUUAAGAGCUGUCAUUGGCCUUGAGCGACUUGUAUGAUGUGGUCUGUGAUGAAGUAUGUAUUAAUCGCGUCCAGGAAGGAACGGUUUCUGCUUGCACGGGUUAAUAAUGUUAGGAAGCUGAUGUCGCUUUGUUUCCUGUAUGACUAAAGGCCUUAUGGUCUGUCCAGCCAUUGAAGUCAACGUUAGCGAUGCCAAUUUGAACUUUUCAAAACCUUAUGUUCGUGACAAUUCAUGAAUUCUUCAUCAUGUCCGCUUAGACCGGAAAUAAAAUUAUUAACUGACAUUCAUGCUAUUUGUCUGGACAGAACUUUGUAUAAAUGAUGCACAUUCAUGUCAUGAACACCUGGACGUUUACUGGUUUCCAAAAGCAUGUCAUGAUUGUCUACAAGAACUUAAAAGCAAAGGCUGUGAUACGCUAAUCUAAUGUGUCUAUUCUGUCAUUGUUACUUUCUAAAUAAAAUAGUUUUGUUGUCAAA